AUGCGGUACAUUCACUCCGAGGAACGGCUGCCCAUUCUGGACAAUGUGAAGGUCCAGAUUAAGUCCCGCGUCGUGACUGUCGAGGGUCCCCGCGGCAAGCUCGUCAAGGAUCUCUCCCACAUUGCCGUUACCUUCGGCCGCCCCGAGCAGAACGUUAUCUCCAUCGAGCUGCACCACGGUGCCCGCAAGGGUGUUGCUACCCUCCGUACCGUCCGUACCAUCAUUAACAACUUGAUGAUCGGCGUUACCCGUGGCUUCAAGUACAAGAUGCGUUACGUCUACGCUCACUUCCCCAUCAACGUCAACAUCGAGCCCAACCCCGAGACUGGUCGUGCUAUUGUGGAGAUCCGCAACUUCCUCGGUGAGAAGUACGUCCGCCGCAUCACUGCCCAGCCCGAUGUCGACAUCGCUCCCUCCGCCAACGUUAAGGAUGAGCUCAUCCUCACCGGUAACUCCCUCGAGGGUGUGUCCCAGUCCGCCGCCGACAUCCAGCAGAUCUGCCGUGUCCGAAACAAGGAUAUCCGUAAGUUCUUGGAUGGUCUUUACGUGUCGGAGAAGGGCAACAUUAUUGAAGAGUAA